AUGGGGACGCAAGCGCCGCUGGCGCCCACCGCGCCGCGGGGCGCCCCGACGCCAUGGCCAACACGCCGCAGCCUGGCCGCCGCGACCCGGCUGCCCCGCCUGAAAGCAAGGGCCCCCACGGCGCCACAGUCGUCGAUGGGCAUCGGCAUCAAUCCGGAAGGUUGCCCGCCAGAUUCCGACGUCAGGCUGGUGGUUCCCAAGUCCGCAUUCGGCCUCUCGAGCAGGCAGAUGGCCGCGCUGGGAUUGGUGGGGGAGGAGGUCGCCAGGCGGCACGCCGUGCGCGAGGACGAGCUGACUUCUGCGGCGCACUACGGAGGCGAGAUCGUGAGCGAGCACACGAGGAUCGCGACGCGCAUGGCCGGGGGCCGGCCGCCCAGCCAGGCCCCCCCGGACCUGCCCUCCCUGCUGCUCGACGGGCGGAUAUGCUACAUCGGCAUGCCGUUGGUGGCCCAAGUCACAGAGUUGGUGAUAUCCGAGCUGCUGUGGUUGAACUACAACAAUCCAGAGCAGGCCAUCUACGUGUACAUAAACUCAGUUGGGUCUCAGACUCCCGACGGCCAAACAGUUGGGUUUGAGACAGAGGCUUAUGCCAUUCUUGACACAAUGGCUUACAUCCGGCCCCAAAAGUACACAGUGGUGGUCGGCCAGGCGUUUGGGAAUGCAGCCAUGAUUCUGGCAUCAGGCAAGAAGGGGUGCCGGUAUGCGCUUCCACACUCAAGGAUAAUGCUCGCUCCUCCAAGAGCGAACAGGACCUACGGAGUUGCCAGCAACGUGAUGAUCAGGGCCAAUGAGUUGGAGAACUGCACUGAGACUUACGUGGACUUCCUUACUGGGUUCACGGGAAGGGACAAGGAUGAAAUCAAGAGGGACAGUGGUCGCAACAGGUACUUCACACCAGAGAGCGCGAUCGAAUACGGGUUGAUUGACAAGGUGGUUCAGCCAGAGGACACCAUGAUAUCGGAAAAGGACUAUGAUCGCAUGCUGGCGCAGUCCCAGGCGAUGCAGAGGCAAACGGGAAGCGAGGCGCCAGCUGCUGCCGCAGGCUAG